CCAAGGUUGAAAAGAUGCGCCAGAGUAUCCUGGAGGGGCUCAACUUCUCCCGGCAAAACCACCCACUCCCUUUCCCACCACCUCCUGCUCUGCCCUUCUACCCAGCUUCUGUAUAUCCUCGGCACUUUGGGCCGGUCCCACCCUCACAGGGCAGGGGCAGGGGCUUUGCAGGAGUCUGUGGCUUUGGAGGCCAUUAUGGGGAAACUGUAGCAACAGGCCCUUACCGUGCCUUCCGGGUGACAGCAGCAUCGGGACACUGUGGAGCCUUCUCAGGCAGUGACAGCAACAGGACUAGCAAGUCCCAGGGCGGAGUCCAACCUAUUCCUUCUCAGGGAGGGAAGCUAGAAAUAGCUGGCACGGUGGUCGGCCACUGGGCUGGGAGCAGGCGGGGCCGUGGGGGCCGAGGGCCCUUCCCUCUGCAGGUGGUGUCUGUGGGAGGACCAGCAAGAGGGCGUCCAAGGGGUGUUAUUUCCACUCCUGUGAUUAGAACGUUUGGAAGAGGUGGAAGGUACUACGGCAGAGGCUAUAAAAGCCAGGGAGCAAUUCAGGGCAGACCUCCUUAUGCUGCUUCAGCAGAAGAAGUGGCCAAAGAACUGAAAUCGAAAUCUGGGGAAUCCAAGUCCUCUGCUGUGUCCUCAGAAGGGUCCCUGGCUGAAAACGGAGUGAUGGCCGAGGAGAAGCCAGUGCCCCAACUUAAUGGGAGCACGGCUGACACCAGGGCCCCCAGCCACUCUGAAAGUGCCUUGAACAAUGACUCUAAAACGUGCAAUACAAAUCCUCACUUAAAUGCACUAAGUACAGACAGCGCCUGCCGCAGGGAGGCUGCUCUGGAGGCAGCUGUCUUAAAUAAAGAAGAGUGAACUUAUUUUUAUAGAGGGUGAAGGAUGCUGGAAGGGUAAGGAUUCAGGAAUAUCUGGAGAAAAGAGAGCCUGCAGUUAUGUACAUUUUGUCCUUUCCGUAAGAGAAAAUGAGGACUGUGGAAAUUCAGAUCCCUCUUUGAUAUCAGAGAUUUAAACAACACAUUUUUUUUUUAGUUUUAACCAGUUGUAGUCAAAAUGCUACAAUAAAACAAACCGAGAGAGAGAAAAUGAAGAGCAUUUGACUCCCGCACUUAAAAAUGAAGCACACAAAGUUUAAACUGGUUACGACGACAAAAGCCUACAGUUGUGUUUCUUGAACUAUAAAGAAAACAAAUUUUGGCAGUGUUUAAGUAUAUAUAGCUUAAAAUAUAAUUUUUAGCAUUUGGCACCAUAUGUAUGCCAUUAUAUUUGAUUUUUGCAUUACUGUUUCACAAUGAAGCUUUGUUUUAAGGCUUUGAUUUAUGAUUAUGAAAGAAAUAAGGCACAACCACAGUUUUUCUUUCUUACUUAAAUUUCAUCACUGUUGAUGUGGUUCUUUUGUGUUAAAAAAGUGCAACUAUCGAAACUAAAAAAUUAUAGAGUAAACUGCUGUUGUGCUGAUUUUGAAUACACAGUACAUCAUACAUACUUUACAAGCAAGUUCAAUGGAGAUAAAGUUGAAAUCAUAGAAGAUGCAAAUGACCUUUCAAAGUCAACACAAUGUGUUCUGAAACCUCGUGACUAAUACCAUGCACCUGUGAUCAGUGAGCUACGUGGUUUUGAAUCGGACGUAGACCAUUAGUGCUACUACUUGAGCUAAACUUCUGCAUGGUUCAUAAUUUUUAAAGUGUGUAGUUAAUAUUAUGCAUGUUAUUGUCUUUUCUUCCAUUCUUACCAGUACGUGCCCAUUUGCAAAACGAAAUGCUAAUAAUCAGUAAUAGUCCUAUGAGGAUGUUAACUCUGUUUAGUCAUUGACUGAUCUUGCUCUAACCCCAAAACUUUGUGAUUAUUGACCUCUGUUGCAUUUAUUCUAAACCCCCCAAAAUGACCUAGCCGUUUGGAGUAUCAACAUUACCCUGGUGUACUCACUGCUGUUGCAGGAUUGUUCUCUGUUGCUGUUUAUGCCUUCAUAUUCAUAUUAGCCAAAUAUGAAAUUCUGUAAAGAAGAACCCCCUAUGAUCUUAAAAAACAAACACCCCCUCCCCUUCUGUAGCAGGAAACAAAUUGCUUGUUCUUGAGAAGUUCCCAUCAGGAAUUUAGUAGAAGCAGGUAUACUUCUAUCAUUUUGAUGUUUUGUUAUUGUUUCCAAACAAUGUACUUUGAAUCAGAAUCACUUCUUACGUUUCAUAUACUUCCGAUGCUCUUCAUCACAUUAGUGAUCAGAAAUGAGGUGUAACUCCCCAACCCCUGCCCGCGAGAGCUAAGUAGGAUCUUACUGUAAGUUGAAGGGACUUCCGCCCUAACUCAUGGAUUGUGAAGAAUGAACUGCUGUUGGGUCUGAUUGACUGUUGAUGGAUUGUGGUGUGGCGUAUCCAGAGGCUAUUGAAUGCAACUUACAAUGCUUAAUAAAAAUCUUUAUUCUUUUAGUAUAAAAAAAAAAAAAAAA